UUGGCCACUGGACAGAGCACCUUACAAAGCGAUACCCAAGCGAUACGAUGUAGGAUCAUCAUGGAGGCUCACCCGCGUCUUCCCACCAGUUCCUCCUCUUCCUUGGCCCUCGCUCUUCUCAGGUCUCGCCAAUAUACUUUUCCGUUGUCUUCGGAGCUUUCACAUUUGUUUGCGAGGGCAUAUCACCGAUCAACUGCGGGACUUCGCGUGUUCUAUCAUUCGUCAUCUCCCCUCGUUCCCACCUCGUCAGGUAUCAUCAUUCACUAUUUCUGGAGAGACUUCGGAAGAACGUCACAGAAGCCCUGGCCCCGUGAAAAUGUGACCCAGGCCCAGCCUCCUCGUCUUGGUCUAUCAGCAUGAAGCUUUCCUGGCCCGUUUGUACCUUCCUAGCUGAGUACUUGAAUCAACUCAAAUUCGACCUCGAGGCAUGCUCCAGCC